UCCCGACCAUCGCUGUAGCUAUUCUUACUAUCCUUUUGCAAUGGUACACCACAAUGGGCACCAAGCACCGUGUAGAGAUGCAACGUGUGGAGCAAGUUAACGGUACAGAUAUUGUCGAUAUCCUAGAUCUUCGGGUUAAAAAGUACAAUCGCACGGUAGCCGUCAUUGAUGGGAACUUUCGCGUAGUGAAAGAUCUUGGCAAUUCAUAUGAGUUCCGCGUUACGGUGGCCCACAGCUCCCUCGGGAACAACCAGUUCAACGAAUAUCCGAUGAAGAUACCUCAGGCCAAGGCUUGUGAUGUUCUCAACGGAACCUACCGAGAGUACCAGCAGUAUUGGGCCAAUGACACGAGCUUACCGAUCGUCACCGAGGCGGGUUUGUGUCCAUUUCCCAAGGGUGACUAUUGGAUUCGAAACUGGCUACCCUCAUCAGAGUGGAUACCGUCGGUUGUUCCGGAUGGAUACUGGCGAUUGUCAUUGGAUAUCCUUAACGGCGACGGGAUGAUCGAAUGCCAGGUACGGUAUUUUGUUAGGCUCACGCGAAAUUUUAUGUAAUUCUGGGUCCGGAAUGUUGU